AUGUGUCGCUUCCUCGUCUAUAAGGGCUCUUCGCCGAUUGUUCUCUCGAAACUAAUUACGGAGCCAUCACACAGCAUUUUGACGCAGUCAUAUGAUAGUCGCCUACGUCUCGACAGCCGUCGUCCCGUCAAUGGCGAUGGCUUUGGGGUUGGAUGGUAUACUGAAGCCGAACUUGGGCCAGAUCCAUGCGUCUUCACAUCUACUCUGCCAGCGUGGAACUGUGUGAAUCUCGAACGUAUUGCUCCAAAGACAGCAUCGCAUUUGAUCUUUGCUCACGUCCGAGCCACAACUGAAGGCUCGCUCGCGGAGAGCAAUUGCCACCCCUUCCAACACAACACGCUCAUGUGGAUGCACAACGGCAACAUCGGAGCAUGGAGAUAUGUCAAACGCCCCCUUGCUGACUCAUUGGCUGACAAGUGGUUUCUUGAAGUCAAGGGAGGCACUGAUUCUGAAUGGGCCUUUGCAUUGUUUCUCGACACCCUGGAGCGGGAGGGCGUCGACCCAAGUUCUGAACCUGAAGGAGGCUUUGAAACCAAAGUUUUGCGGCGGGUCAUGAAGAAGACAAUUGCCAAGAUCAACGCGUUUGUCCAGGCAGUGCCGACCGAGCAUCAACUUCGUGAUGUUGAAACGAGGAGCUUGCUAAACUUUGCAGUUACGGAUGGCCAUUCGGUCAUCGUGACCAGGUACGUCAGCAGCAAGACCGAUGCAGCGGCUAGUCUGUAUUAUUCCUCGGGCACGGCGUGGGUAGAAGGCAAGACCAAGGGACAGUUCAAAAUGGAGCGAAGAGACAAAGCUUCGGACGUGGUGCUUGUUGCCAGUGAGCCACUGACCUUCGAGCGUCACAAUUGGCUGUCUGUCCCGACCAACACGAUUGUGACGAUCUGUAAACAGACGGUGUUUGUACGGCCGAUCAAAGACGAAUUCUACGAUGCGGAUCCUUCAACGGAGCGGUCGACAGGGUUUGCACGAUCAAAGGGCCUGGUGGCGAAGGCACCUGGUGGUGGCACAUUGACACCCUCGUCUACAGCCGCCACUCCUGCGCAUACUCCCUUACCACCGCCUGAGAUGGAGAACAAUGGAGCCGAGUAUACGGGGAAAGGGAACCACCGCCCAUUGGACUUGCAGUUGUCGAGUUUACAAGUGCAUCAGGGCGCAGCACCAAAUGGCGGUCAGCCCCUGGUUGCCUAG